AUGGCGGAUUCAGAAUUGCCCACACGCCCUAAGCCCGAGGAGACCCCCGCGGCCGCUCCCGCCGAAGGCGAGACCAAGAACGCUGCUAAGAACGCUGCUAAGAAGGCCGCCAAGGAAAAGGCUAAGGCUGAGAAGGCUGCUGCUCGCGCUGCGCAGGAGAAGGCUCAGGCCGCUGCUAAUGAGGCCAGCGACACCGCCAAGGGCCUCUACGGUGUCCUCCCCGAGACUGAGGAUGUUAUCUCCACCACACGAUUCUCCCAGCUGUCUGAGGACUCCUACGAGAAGGAAGUUACUGUUGUCGCACGUGUCGACAAUGCCCGUGUCCAGAGUGCUAAGCUUGCAUUCUUGAUGCUGCGCCAGCAGGGUCAGAAGGUUCAGGCCGUCAUCGCGGCUCACGAGCCCAUCUCCCGCCAGAUGAUCAAGUACACCGGUGGAUUGAACGUCAACUCCAUUGUGCAGGUCACUGGUGUUGUGAAGAAGCCCGAUACUCCUAUCUCUUCCGCUACCAUCCAGCACCUGGAGCUCCACAUCCGCAAGGUUUACAUGAUCUCUGAGGCUGCCCAGAUGCUGCCCAUGCAGGUCAAGGAUGCUGAGCGCCCUCCCCCUACUGAGGAGAAGGAGGGCGAGGGUGAGGUCGAUGAGUCUGGCGCUCCCAUCGUCACCCUCAAGACCCGUCUUGACAACCGUGUUCUGGAUCUGCAGACCGAGACCAGCCAGGCUAUUACCUGGAUCUCCAGCGGUGUCGCGGAGCUCUUUGCUGAGUACAUGAUCAAGAGUGGAUCCCGAUGGAUCUUCACCCCCAAGUUGGUGGGUGCCGCUACUGAGGGUGGUAGCAACGUCUUUGAGGUCAAGUACUUCAAGCGUACCGGCUACCUCGCCCAGAGCCCCCAGUUGUACAAGCAGAUGUGUAUUGCUGGUGAUAUGGAGAAUGUUUUCGAGAUCGCCCCCGUUUUCCGUGCCGAGGACAGUAACACUCACCGUCACUUGACUGAGUUCGCCGGUCUUGAUUUCGAGAAGACCUUUGAGAAGCACUACCACGAGGUUUUGGAGUUCGCUGAGGACCUGCUUGUUUUCAUUCUCAGUCAGCUCAAGGCCCGUUAUGCUGCCCAGAUUGCCACCAUCCAGAAGUCUUACCCCAAGGCUGGUGACUUCAAGCUGCCCAAGGACGGCAAGGCCCUGCGUCUGAACUACAUGGACGGUGUUGCGCUGCUGAAGGAGGCUGGCGUCGACAUGUCGGAGCAGGAGCGCUUCGAGAACGACUUCACCACUUCCAUGGAGAAGCAGCUUGGUCAGAUUAUUCGCGAGAAGUAUGACACCGACUUCUAUGUUCUCGACAAGUUCCCCAUGGCUGUCCGUCCCUUCUACACCAAGGCCGACCCCAAGGAUGCUCGUUUCUCCAACUCGUACGACUUCUUCAUGCGUGGUGAGGAGAUCAUGUCCGGUGCUCAGCGUAUUAACGACAUUAAGGAGCUGGAGGAUUCCAUGCGCUCCAAGGGUCUCGACCCCACCCAGGAGGGUUUCGAGGACUACCUCAACGCUUUCCGACAGGGAUGUCCUCCCCACGCCGGUGGUGGUCUGGGUAUGAACCGUAUUGUGAUGUUCUUCUUGGGUCUUCCCAACGUCCGGUUGGCAUCGCUGUUCCCCCGUGACCCUCAGCGUCUGCGCCCUUAA